UUUGAUUUUUUUUUUGGGUUGAUUAUGAUAUUGAUUAUGAAUAUCAUAAUAAUCUCAUCUUGACUUGGAAAAAAGUUUCGAACUUUGUGUGUUCUCUGUUUCAUCUUAGAGAUACCCUUAUAAGUCUCUUGUUAUGUUUCCUGGAUUAGGGUUUACCUUAGUUGAUUUCAGUUGAAGCUGUAACUUUUACUUCUGAUUUUUUUUCAUUUCAUGAUUGGCUAUGUGAUAUAGUUUGGUUCUAGCUCUUAUUCUCUUCACCUUCUUCUCUGAGUAGCCUUUACAUGGAAUCUUGACUUAUGUGGACAAGAAUGUUAUUUCAAAUCAGUGAGUGAGUGAGAGUAAUGGAAUUUUUUCCCUUAUUGGGAGGUGUAUAAGAUGGUCCACCAUUAGUGGCUAAAAGAAGGAGAUACAGUAAGAUCCAAUAACUGACAAUGACAUUAGAGUUUGGUCUGUUUUAGGAAAUGCAAUUUAGAGGUUUUGGGAUCAUACUUUCAAUAAAACCACUAGUAAGAAUAGGGUUUUUCCGGGUGUAUAUGAGUCUGAUGUUUUCACCUUAUACACAAGUAGGGAAGUGGAAGAAACAUGAAUACAACAUCGACACAUUUUGUUCCACAGAGAAGGUUUGAAAUUUACGAGCGUCUCAACCAAAUCAGUAUGUGGGAAGAAAGUUUCAAGAACAAUGGAGGCAUGUAUACACCUGGCUCUGUCAUAAUCCCGGCAAACGAAAAGACAAACAGCUUGUCAGAGGAUACUUCUCAUGGGGCAGAAGGAACUCCUCACAAGUAUGACCAAGAGGCUUCCACAUCCAGACAUCCUGAUAAGAUACAGCGACGGCUUGCGCAGAAUCGUGAGGCAGCUAGGAAAAGUCGUUUGCGCAAGAAAGCUUAUGUUCAGCAGCUAGAGACAAGCCGGUUGAAGCUAAUUCAUUUAGAGCAAGAACUAGAUCGUGCUAGACAACAGGGUUUCUAUGUGGGGAACGGAGUAGAAUCCAGUGCUCUUGGUUUCUCAGAUAACAUGAGCUCAGGUAUUGUUGCAUUUGAGAUGGAAUAUGGACAUUGGGUGGAAGAACAAAAUAGGCAGAUAUGCGAACUAAGAACUGUGUUACAUGGACAAGUUAGUGAUAUAGAGCUUCGAUCACUAGUCGAAAAUGCCAUGAAACAUUACUUUCAACUCUUCCGGAUGAAGUCAACUGCUGCAAAAAUUGAUGUCUUCUACGUCAUGUCCGGAAUGUGGAAAACUUCAGCAGAGCGUUUUUUCUUGUGGAUAGGCGGGUUUAGACCCUCGGAGCUUCUCAAGGUUCUGUUACCGCAUUUUGAUCCAUUGACGGAUCAACAACUUUUGGAUGUAUGUAAUUUGAGGCAAUCAUGUCAACAAGCGGAAGAUGCGUUAUCUCAAGGUAUGGAGAAGUUGCAACAUACAUUAGCAGAGAGUGUAGCAGCCGGGAAACUUGGCGAAGGAAGUUAUAUUCCUCAAAUGACUUGUGCUAUGGAGAGAUUGGAAGCUUUGGUAAGCUUUGUAAAUCAGGCUGAUCAUUUGAGACAUGAGACAUUGCAACAAAUGCAUCGAAUCUUAACGACGCGACAAGCGGCUAGAGGUUUGUUAGCAUUAGGCGAGUAUUUCCAACGGCUUCGAGCUUUGAGUUCGAGUUGGGCGGCUAGGCAACGUGAACCAACGUAAUUAAGGUGUUUGGAUUUCCAGAAAGGAUUGAGACCUUAAGAUUCGAGAAUGGAGAGUUAUGGUGGUGAGUGGGGUUUUGGACAAGAACAAGAGCAAUAACAUAAGCGGCUGUUUGAAUGAUGAUUCUUGUCUUGCGGCUAAAGGAAAUGUUUGAGGGAAGUUGUAAAUAUGAUCACCAACGUAAAGUAUAGCUUUUUAGAAACCAAUUUUUCGAUGUUUUUUUCUUUCUCUUGUAUGUAAGACUAUUAUAGAUUAUAUAUGAUUUGGCUUGUGGUAUAUAUUGUUUCAAAUGUCA